AUGGCCAUUGGAUUCAACCACGAACAAGUCCCGGUCGGCCUCAAGAUCGCUCAAGCUGUUGGCUUGACCGCGAGCGCGUACCUCUUUGGCCAGAAUGCAUCUAUCUCUUAUAUCGGCGUUCCCGCCCUCAUGCAGGCUCCCGCACCACUUGCUGUCAAACAAUGGGACACGGUUUACUCGAUUGGCAAGAAGACUGCCCCUGCACUGGCCGUCGUGAGCAGCUUAGCUCUAGGAUAUGUAACAUAUCACCUGGACCCUAGAUCCCUUCAUUAUAAGCUGAACCUCGCCGCCACGAUCCUGAUCCCCAGUAUCAUACCCUACACCUUCGCUUUCAUCGUCCCAACGAACAAAAAGCUCUACGAAAAGCUCCGGUCUCUUGCUACAACUGGGCUCGAAGACAAAGCUGCGGAGGUUGGUGUCGCCAAGAAGGAGACUGUGAAUGCGCUGCUCGACAAGUGGGCGACAUUGAACCUUAUCCGGGCUCUGCUUGCAGGCGCCGGUGCUGUUCUGGCGGCUUGGGGUACCGUAUCUCAUCUGCAGGAGACAGUGUUUAUUGCCUCUUGA